UAUUAUUACAGGAAGAGAGAUUUUCGAUUCGAACAGCGGAAAAAUCGUUGCUACGAAGCGAGAGAGAGAUGGAUGAAAAACGCAUUUUCUCCGAAAACCCUAAAAGGCAGUUCUUCAAAACCCAUUUCAAAAUCUCUUUAUUCUCAAAUACCCAUUCUCUCAUUUUGCCCUUCCCAUGGCUACCUCUCUCUUUCAAGUCCCCAUCUCUUAUUCUACUUCCCUCUCUUCGCAGACUCCAGUAGCAGCAGCUCCAGCUCCCCGCUGGCUCACUGGAUUCCGUACUCCCGCAGGAAUUCAUAGAGGAGUUGUGUCGGCGUCGCUGACUGCGGCGAGCGGGGUAAACAAUGUUAGAGUUUCGGUUAGGGAUGGGAAGAAGGAGAAUCCGAUCAUUGUUAUUGACAAUUACGACAGUUUCACUUACAAUCUGUGCCAGUAUGUGGGAGAGCUUGGUGCUAACUUUGAGGUCUAUCGGAAUGACGAGCUCACAGUUGAGGAAAUGAAAAUGAAAAAUCCAAGAGGCAUUCUUAUUUCCCCAGGACCUGGUACACCUCAAGAUUCAGGAAUAUCAUUACAAACAGUUUCGGAACUUGGCCCUACUAUACCUCUAUUUGGAGUUUGCAUGGGCUUACAGUGCAUUGGGGAGGCUUUUGGAGGACGAAUUGUGCGCUCUCCAUAUGGUGUCAUGCAUGGAAAAAGGUCUCAAGUGUUUUAUGAUGAAAAGGGUGAAGACGGUUUGUUUUUAGGUCUAUCAAACCCUUUCACCGCUGGUAGAUAUCACAGCCUUGUGAUUGAAAAUGAUAGUUUUCCUAAUGAGGCACUCGAGGUUACAGCGUGGACAGAAGAUGGGUUGGUAAUGGCUGCUCGUCAUAGAAAAUUUAAGCAUAUCCAGGGGGUCCAGUUCCAUCCAGAAAGCAUUAUAACCACCGAAGGUAAAGAGAUAGUCCGCAAUUUUCUCAAACUAAUCGAUCGAAUGGAGGCCAGAUACAUAUUUGUCCAGCCAUAGGCGUUGCUUUUUAUAGUUCAAAACGAAAGAAGAAGAAAAUCCAUAAGCAAUUUGUUGUGCUGUCUUUCAAAUUAUAUGCCUAGAUUGAUUGUCCCCAUUCACAGCUUUCAGAUAUCAUGUGAGGUAAGUUAAUGUUAUUAUUAUUAUUAUUAUUUUGAUUCUAUAAUUUAAUUCAUCAUAGGGUUGUUUAUUGGUUUCG